AGACAUGGUGCUACUGCAGAGAAACAUGAAACUCCGAAAACAACCACCUUUGUCACUGUCCCUUGUCACCUUCAUAUCUAUCACUAUCUUCACCACUGCCACCACCAUCAUCUCACCCGGAACAACUCUCUAUGCUUCAAACACCAGCCAAUCGUGGCCUUCUCCCAACAACACCUUUUCCCUACGCUUCUACCCUCUCCAAACCACCCCAUCUUCCUUCAUCGCCGCCGUCGUACACUCCGGCGGCGCCCCCAUUAUCUGGUCCGCCGGAAAUUCUGCGGCCGUGGACUUUGGCGGCUACCUCCGCCUCCUUCCAGCUGGAAACCUUCGCUUGGUUAAUGGCUCCGGCGCUACCUUGUGGGACUCCAACACCAGCAACAUAGGUGUCACCUCAGCAACGGUUCUUGAAAGUGGAAACUUUGUUCUCUCCAAUGGAACUUCCACUGUUUGGUCAAGCUUUGAGAACCCCACUGAUACAAUUGUCCCUUCUCAAAGUUUCAAUCUUGGUAUGGUUCUGAGAUCUGGGGUUUACUCAUUCUUUCUUCAGAAAUCUGGGAAUCUUACCCUUAGUUGGAAUAAUAGUGUUACUUAUUGGGAUCAAGGCUUGAACUUUUCAAUGAGUGGUGUGAAUUUGAGUUCACCUGUAUUAGGAUUGAAGUCUGUGGGGAUUUUGGAGAUUAGUGAUCCUAAUUUGACUUCACCUGUGGUUGUUGCCUAUAGUAGUGACUAUAAUGAAGGAGGGAACAAUGUGUUGAGGGUUUUGAAGCUUGGUGAUGAUGGGAAUUUGAGGGUUUAUAGUUAUUUGAAGGGUAGUGAAGUUGUGAAUGUGAAUUGGGUUGCUGUUGAGGAUCAAUGUGAGGUUUUUGGUUACUGUGGGAACUAUGGUGUGUGUAGUUAUGAUUCAAAAUCAGAACCUCUUUGUGGCUGUCCAUCUCAGAAUUUUGAGAUGGUUGAUCCUAAUGAUGGUAGGAAAGGGUGCCAGAGGAAGGUGAAGCUUGAGGACUGUGUUGGGAAGGUUGCUAUGUUGCAAUUGGAUCAUGCAAAAUUCUUGACAUACCCUCCUGUUUUUGUUGUUAAUCCUGAGAUACUUUUCAUUGGUAUUUCAGCUUGUAGUGGAAAUUGUCUUGCUGCUAGUUCUUGUUUUGCGUCCACUUCCUUGGCGGAUGGAACCGGAUGGUGUUACAUUAAGACGUCGAAUUUCAUCAGUGGAUACCAGAAUCCUGCGCUGUCUAGCACUUCCUUCAUUAAGGUUUGUCCACCUGUAGCUCCAAACUCAACUCCCUCCUCGGAGAAUGUUGUUAAGAAGCAUUGGAGGAUUAUAGCAACUAACUAAGUUGAGUUGAUCUAGUGGUUAGUUCACUAGUUCGUUUAAGUAAAUGUCAAAGGUUAGAAUUCCACAUUAUGCAUGCAACAAUCUAUUAAUCAGUUACAAACCCUUAAAUAAAAUUUAGUAUUGUGACGAAUUAGAUUAGUUUUUAGUCUAUUGAACGAAGAAAUAUUAUGAGAAACAAAAAAAAUUAU